CCAGUGUCACCAAGAGGGGACAUUGCACCCAUAGACCCCCUCCCCAAAUCUGACAACCCCAACCCCAAGUGGGGCACACAGCACCCACCAACCCCCCCACCCUCGGGGCUCUGCAAAUGCCAUUUUUUUAACCCAAAAAGAGCCAAAUCUGGCAGGAAUUAAAGGGGUUAGGAGGGGGGUGGUGACAGGACGCACACAGGGGGGUUCUUGGCUGGGACAAAGGGACUGGGGGAGCCCCCUGGUGUCCCCCCCCAUUGUAUUGACAGCAAACGGAGCCCCUCCCUCCCCACUGUUUACUGUCAACAGCCCGAACUGGUCCCAACUGGGCCAAACUGGGCCCGGCCCCGCUCCCAUUCCCCUCCCCGUGCCUAUAAAGGUGGGGAUGGGGCCGCCCCCCUGUCCCUCGGUGCUGUCACCCUCUGCUCGCGGGGUGUCCCCCCUGUCCCCCACCAUGCUCUUCUGGCACGGCCAGCCCGAGCCCUGCUGGUCCAGCCCUGGGGACGUGUUCCCCCUGCCCGCCUCGGGGGCGCUCAGGGACCCCCCGGUCCUGCCCUGCCUGAAGCAGGAGGAGCCCAAGGGCGUCUCCUCAUGGCAGCCGCCCUUCCGGUACAUCCUGUGUGCCCCGACCUCCCCGGCCGUGCGGCGCCACGAGGAGACCCUCACCUACCUGAACCAGGGGCAGCCCUACGAGAUCCGCAUGAUGGGAAUGGGAACGGGAACGGCCCGGGGGGACCCGGCCGAGGGGCGCAGGGUGGUCAAGAGCCUGGUCCGGGUGGUUUUCCACGACCGCCGCCUGCAGUACUCGGAGCAGCAGCAGCUCGAGGGCUGGCGCUGGAGCCGCCCGGGCGACCGAAUCCUGGACAUCGACAUCCCGCUCUCCGUGGGGAUCCUGGAGCCCCAAAUCCACCCCACGCUGCUCAACACGGUGGAAUUCCUCUGGGACCCCUCCCAACGCACGUCCGUGUUCGUGCAGGUUCACUGCAUCAGCACCGAGUUCACGCUGCGGAAGAACGGGGGGGAGAAGGGGGUCCCAUUCCGCAUCCAGAUCGACACCUUUGGGGUGGGGGGCAAGGCGGACCCCCCCGAGCACCUGCACUCCGCCAGCUGCCUGGUCAAGGUGUUCAAGCCCAAGGGGGCCGAUAGGAAGCAGAGGACGGAGCGGGAGAAGGUGGAGAAGCAGCCGGCGGCCGAGAGGGAGAAAUUCCAGCCGCCCUACGAGAGCACCGUGCUGGCCGAGUGCCCCCCAUGGCCGGACGCGCUGGGUGCCCCCCACAGCCCCCCGGGGCUGCCGUCCCUGCACCCCUUCAAGCUGCUGAGCCCCGAGAGGGUGUGCCUCGCGUCCCCCGUGUCCCCCGCCUGCGCUGCCGAGGGCCCCGCGGAGAGUCCUGGCGAGGCGCUGAGCCCCUGCGCUUCCCCGCUGGAGACGCAGCAGUGGCUGCUCCGCCGCCGCUUCUCCUCCUGCGCCCGCGUCUUCGCCAACUUCACCGGCGCGGAUCUGCUGAAGCUCUCGCGCAGGGACCUGAUCCAGAUCUGCGGAGCCCCGGACGGGAUCCGCCUCUGCCACGCCCUGGCGGGCAGGUGCCCGCGGCCCCGGCUGACCCUGUACGUGACACGGGAACCCGGCGGGGCUGAGAGUGCGGAGGGGGCGGGAUCAGGGCUGUACCAGGAGCUGCACCUGCAGCAGCUGACGGUGCCCGAGCUCACCGCGAGGUUGGCGCAGCUGCUGGGGCUGCCCCCGGGGCAGAUCCUGCGGCUCUCCCGCCAGGGCCCCGCCGGCAUCCACGUCCUCGUCAGCGACGCGAUGAUCAGGAACCUCCAGGACGAGACGAGAUUCGUGGUGGCGAUCGGCAAAGCCCCCGGCCCCGAGGGCUUCCAGCUGCUGCUGCGGUAGGAGCCGGCCACGCUGGGAAGGGACCGAGAGAGGAGCCCGGGGCUGGCAGAGCCCCCAGAGCCCGCCCGAGAGGACGGGACCCGUCCUAUCCCCCCCCGUGUCCUUGGUGUCCCCGCUUUCCAUUAAAGAACGGCGGGAGCGGCCCCGGA